AUUUUGAGUGAUGAUUUAACAUUGAGACUUGACAGACGUCAAAUGCAGGUACAAACGUGCGUACGUAAUCUAUGAUGCGUGUUCUGUGUGGUACGCACUUACCAAAUGGUUUGGUUUGUACCUCCUGAAUACUUCCUAGAAAGUGCAUCGUUUAGGGAAUGUCUGAUGUGAAGAGGAAGUCUUUAGACAAGUCUGGUGGUACUGAGAGAUAAACCAGUCACUCAGUGUUGCUGUACUGUGUUUACUUUUCCGUCAUGUCGUUUUCCAAAGUGCUCGUAGAUUCAGUGUUUGGCAAGAGUCCUGAGAUGUGUACAAAAAGAGAUCUUUGUAUGUUCUUACAACGACAUCGUACUAUUGCCAGUGACCUUGCUCUUUCAACAACUGGAACAAAGUCUAUUCUUAUUGAAAGAGUCACGAAUGCCAUCAAACAAGGAAUGUACCUGCUAGAAGAUUCUAGUGAAGAGGCAGAACAAGAGUGUGUUUUUGGACUGCCUGAUUGUGCUUCAGAUGGUUGGCAGAAUCAGAUGGAGAAAAUACACAUGGUCUGCCCAGUAGUAAAAAUAGCUAGCAUAUUACACCACAUGCGACCAGCAACAGGCGUGUCAUCAAUUCAGGCCGCUGCAUUCAGAAGUCUGACAGAAGGUCAUACCGUGUGGAAGUCUGGUCAUGUCAUUGAGAUGGUCCUCAAUACAACUCAGUUUGCCUAUACUUGGAUGAAGUUCAAAGUGCUAGCUACAAUGAAACAAGAGAUCAGGAGAGUAUGCAUCGCCUUUGAGAAACGUAGCCACAACAUCAAAUUUGCACACUGCACUUGUCCUCAAGCUUGCUCCUACAUCAAAGCCCUGUGCUUGGAGACAACCAAGAAGCAAGGAGAAACCAACUGGGCCUAUCACCAGUAUCUCUCUUAA